CAGAAGUAGAAGAAGAGUCUGCCGGAUAUUGGUUCGUAGAAGAAGAACGACACCUCUAGUGGCACACAUGGAUGUAUGACCAUAACGUGUACAGCUAACGUCAUUAACGUAACCUUUGAGGGCACAUUAGUGGACAAAAGAAGUGCAAUGGCUGGCAGCAGACUAGAGAAGUUUGGGAAUGUGUUUACCCGGGUUCGAGAUCUGAUGCGCUCUGGAGUCAUUCAGCGAUCAGCGAAACCGGUCUGGUACGAAGUUUAUGAAGCUUUUCCUCCAAAGAGAGACCCGCUUCAUGUGAAACCAUGGAGAAGAGCCGGGAUCAAGAAACAGGAAACCGUACCAGAGAUCUUCUACAGAGAGGAUGAAGUCAGAGCAAAGUUCUACGAGCUGUACGUACCUGGUCGGCCUUUUGAUCUGUCCAGGUCCAACUUUGUUUCCACGUGUCAGAGGUUUGUAGAUAAAUACACAGAGUUGCAGAGCCGUGCUGAGUUCGAGGACUCUGCUCUGUUCGAGGAGACGGGGAAGGCGUUACUCGCAGAAGGCAUCCUGCUCAGACGCAGAGGACAUCCACUUGUGUCAGCAGAGCCCAGAGACGCGGUCCUCAGCCUAAAGCUGAGGGACAUGUUGGCCGAGCAGCAGACAGAUGCUGACGGCGAGGAGACAACACAACAGACCACACACACAGAACCACAAACUGCAUAGACUUUAGCGGCUCGAAGGAUGAUCAGCUUUUAUACUUAACAAGUCAUACAUCUGAUUUAUUCACGUGAGCGAGCCCUGACAUCAACAUGAGGAUGUCAGCUGUCAUGAAAAGAGACUUUAAACGUGCAGCUUCACGGCUCCUGAGGUCUAUAAUACAGAGAUUCGAUGAGUGUGUACACAUGAAAGCGGCGGUGUAAGCUUCCUAUAACUUAUCACCAUCAUGAACGAGCCUGCCGUCCGCUGAUCGUCAUAUUCAACAAACUCUGAGCAAACUAUGUAAAGGAAAUGAUGAAGAAGUGAGACACAGGCUGCUACAGACUAAAAUCAAUGUUCUGAAGCAGGUUAGGUGUUCAGCAUAUGUUACCAUGACAGUCUAUCCUGAUCAGAAGUGAACCCUGAUGUAUGUAUUUUGUGUGAUUCAUCAGACAGCGUUACUUGAAAGGAUUUCCAGUCAAUUUUCAUGUUUCAAGUAUGAGCUGAAGAAAGUGUUUUUUCUGUUCACAGUUUACACACUUGCUACAAAAAAAAAACAUCAAAAAAAUAAAAACAUACUUGGA